AUGUUGGCUCGAAGACCCAUUGGGAAGCCAAAUGUGCUCUUAUUGGGAAUUUCCUAUCCUAGUGUGGAAAAGCAUAUGGAAGAACAUGGCUUUGACGAAGAUCUAUUGAUUAACAAGGAUGCUUCGGUGGAUCGAGCUGUGGAAUGCGUCCGUCGCGGAAUCCUGACUGAAAUGGAUGCUAGAGAUUUGGCACGAUGCGUGGCCACUGAAAACGUAUGCGACGUGGAUUGUUACUCUUCCUCUCGAGAGAUUGGAGCUAUCUACAGAGAUGAUCGCCAUGUGUAUGGUGAUUUCAACAAUCGAAACUUUUGUAAGACUCUCAAGAAAGCCUUUGGCGACGACAUUCAAUUCAGCCAGGUGAUCUUAGAUUACUACUGGAUGCCUAGUGGUUGGCUUGUUACAAGAUGGGCAAAGACACUCUUCCAACAGACUCUCCCAGACCUUGUUAAAAUGAAUAUGCUGACCUUCCCGAGUGCGAGAAGUCGAAAUAGAAAGAAUUUUGAAGAAGGAGUUGUAUACCUUCCAUUCUGUGCUCAUGUUUGCAAAGAGUUGGUGGGGGGAAUCAAUCUUCUAUCCAAGUACUAUUCCAUCUCUUUUGUCAACAAAUCAGAACUAGCAGGGCAUUCACUUUGGAAGGGAACUAUGAGUAUUAAUGGGACCACUAUGCAACACGUACUCGGAAAGCGACUUGAUCAGGAAGAAGUCUAUUGUACAUUUCGAAAGAAAGACAUAUUUGAAAAUAUGGAAGAUUCGCAUGUGAGCAAGCCUGCUGUGAUGAGGGUAUUGGAGGCAAUUGAAGACUAUGACAACGUUCGCUUUAUUCGUCUUCGACCUUUGCGGCAACACGAGCCUGCGGGGAUAAUGAAAGUACGUUUGGUCGAGCCAGAAAAGGGAGGCUUCAUCGGUCUUAACUUCAAUCUUGCAAGAGACAAGCAAAAAAGGGCAGAGCUCGAAGUAAAACGAAAGAAGGAGGAGACCAAGCAGGAAAAGCUGAAGAUAAGAAAGGCAGAAGAGCGGAAACAGAAAGAAAUUACGAGGAAGGCGGAGGCAGCACGACAGCGAAAAAUACAGGAACGGCGAGCCAGGAAAGGCAAAGAGCUUAGGCAGAAGAAAUCACAGAAGGCUCUGCAGGAUUCAAAGUCUGAUAAUGUUGUUUCAAACUUGGAAGAAAUUCCAGUGGAAGAAACGAAAUAUGCAACAUUCUUUCCAGGUCCUGCAGCCAACAUUAAGGCUUAUGAUGAACCUGGCGAGGGUGUUGCAGUACAUGGAUUUAACGUCCCGAGCUACCCUCCCAGUCGCCUCAACUCGACGCCGCUCUUCAGCACUAGGCUCCCACAGCACCCAAACCAAUAUUUGGCGCACAAUCCUCGUUUGGUGAGGGAUGUUGCUUUUAGACCUGAGCAAAUCGAGUACGACGACUACUCCAACAAUAUUCUCGACGUCGACCUCCCGAGGAGCGAAAGCCCGAAGAAACGGCGGAAGAAGUCAACCGAUAGCGGUGAUGGGAUGGAUGUGCGUUAUCUGAAGGGGGAACAGUUGGAGAGAGCGAAGACAAUGGGAUAUGUGGGAAGUGCUGUUCAGUACGUUUAUAUUCCAGAAGGUACACAAGAGGUCGAUUUGGCUUGCAAAUUGAUUGGUUUGAGGCAGACUCGUGGGUUGCAGGAAGUCAAAUCAAAAGUGUUUGGGAGAGAGGAACUAACAUGCUUCAAAGUUCCUUCGCAAAACUUGAGAAAUCCGACAGAACUGUCUCCUUCGGAAAAGAUACUAUACGGACGAUGGAAGAUAAGGAUAGCAAGAUCAGCAUACGGUGCCUCGAGCGCUGCAGACGGUCUCCUCUACCUCGCCCGACUGGAGAGGAUGGACUCGAUACUGCACUGGUUCAAGCACAAUUUGAAUCCUCUCUUUGAUCCUGCCGGUUACUUCGCAAGAAUCCUGCCCAACCUUGUUGAGCUAUGGGGGAAUGAAGGCAUGCUUGAAGUAGCUGAGGCCCUUGAACUUCAUAUUCACGAAGAAGCAAUGUCGAAGCUGGAUGAAGAGUCUGACAAAAGCGAGGAAUGGAAGGCCUUAAAUGCAUCAAUUCUAAAUUGGUUGCAAAAUGAGAUUUUCGUUGGUGCUGAUGAAGCCGACGAGUUCAACGCAAUGAAAGAAAAACUCGCACACGAUGGGUUCAAGUCGGAUGCUUCUCUUGCCAGUGAAAUGGCAGAUAGGAUAAUGUUCCUCAGACAAAUUUUCGAUUGGAAGAGACAUCCUACCCCCGUUGCCCCCACAGAUGUGGACACCAUUCCGCAACAACAGUUGCCCGCCUCUCUCAGCGCUCGAAGCGAGAGAGCAGUUUUGAGGGAAAACAGGAAACGGCCACGAGGUUCAGGAGAACGCGAAAUUGAUUCCAUAGGCUCGAGGCUUGCAAAACGAAAAAUUGGUACAAAUACUGCGCCCAAACAAAUAGAAAGGGUAUCGAGCAAGAAGAUAUCUACCACUCCAAAUGAAGUCUUGAAAGCUGCAGACGAUCGCGAGAAGAUUCAACGGCAACGAGGGGACUCAAUUGGACAACGUUCGCCCAGCGUCCCCCGCGCAGUGCCGAAAGAACGGGCGAGUCGAUCAAAGGGGAAAACUCGAAAGGGGAAAGAAACCAUACACCAGCGGGAUGCAAGACAGCUUGUUGGUACCUUCAAUACAACGGCCGAAAACGCCGAAGAUUUCUACGCUCAGGCUUGUUCUAAGAUUGGAAAACAAAGAGCGUUAUCGCUUUGUCGAAUACUGAUGUACCUACAAAAACCAGAAGAUUCUUUUGCAAAGGAAAAUCCAGGAGUUCGUCAUAUUUCCAGACUAAUUCCAGCUCACACGCCACUGGUUCAGAAGGCAACCAUGGUUGAAGCAAUCGUUCAUGGGUUGAGUGAGGCUCAUGGAAAAGACUGGAUUCAUAAAUCACACCAUAGAGGGGGGUUUGGAUUGCUCAUCUAUGAGCUCCUUCGGGACAUCGAGUCGCUUCAAAGGAUACCAGAUGACGCUUACGAGUUCAAGGCACUCAUGAGCGGGUUUCUCUAUGAAAUCUCACCAAGUCAAACUGCCACCACAGAGCACUGUCGCGCUCGAGCAACAGCACACGGAUAA